AUGAUUCUGGCAACCAUCAUUGCGAAUUGCAUCGUUUUGGCCUUGGAGCAGCAUCUCCCCGAAGAUGAUAAGACACCGAUGUCUCGCAGAUUAGAAAAGACGGAACCUUAUUUUAUUGGGAUUUUUUGCUUUGAAGCUGGCAUUAAAAUAGUUGCACUGGGAUUCGUUUUCCACAAGGGUUCAUACCUGCGAAAUGGAUGGAAUGUCAUGGAUUUCAUUGUGGUCCUAAGUGGCAUCCUUGCAACAGCAGGAGCACAUUUUAACACCCACGUGGACCUACGGACUCUGCGGGCGGUACGAGUGCUCAGGCCCCUGAAGCUUGUCUCAGGCAUUCCUAGUUUACAGAUCGUACUAAAGUCCAUCAUGAAAGCAAUGGUGCCUCUGCUCCAGAUCGGUCUCCUUCUCUUUUUUGCAAUCCUGAUGUUUGCUAUUAUUGGCUUGGAAUUUUAUAGUGGAAAGCUACACCAGGCUUGCUAUGUAAACAAUUCAGGUGAAUUACAAGAGCUGGAUCCCCCACAUCCCUGUGGGGUGCAAGGAUGCCCGGCAGGUUAUGAGUGCAGAGACUGGAUUGGUCCCAAUGAUGGGAUAACUCAGUUUGAUAACAUCCUCUUUGCCGUGUUGACUGUCUUCCAGUGCAUUACCAUGGAAGGAUGGACUACAGUGCUGUACAAUACCAAUGAUGCCUUAGGAGCCACCUGGAACUGGUUAUACUUCAUUCCCCUCAUCAUAAUCGGAUCGUUUUUUGUUCUCAACCUUGUCCUGGGAGUGCUUUCUGG